GAUAGUAUUAAAUUGAUAUCCCAGUUAAUAUUCGAAUAACUGGGUAGGAAAAGUUCAUUCAUAUAUAAGAGCCGAGAGGUUCAACAACAGAAAGUAGGAAAAGCUCUUCCAAGAAACACUAGUAAAUAUGGCAACAAGCACUAGGAUUAAUCAUCUAUUUGCAAUACUAAUUUGCAUCUCUAUCUUUGCCGAGAUGGUAUUAGCACAAGAGUAUUGGUUUCCCGAUAUCUGCGCUCCCGGUGAAGCAUAUAUUGAGAGGAACUAUAACCCCGUUCCUGCCGACAAGUGCACCUCUUGCUCAGAUUGGUGUAAAGCUCAGUGUUGUAGUCUUGAUCGUUGGGUGGUCCAAGAUGAGUGCCGUCAAGUUGGUGAUUGGCAGGAUUGUCAGUGUUGCUGCAGUACACGACCACCAACGGUACCCCCUGCACCUCCAUCCAGGCCACCGUUCGCUGCAUACACAUCAGGUCCUGAAAAGAUAUGUACAACUUCAGAAACAGAAAUACUGAUUAAACGGGCUACAGGCACAGAAUGCCCCUCAAAUCCUCUAUGUGAGACCAAAUGCAAGGAAAUAAAUCUUUUUCCUGUAAGGUCAGAGUGCUUGGGAGCAAGUAGAGAUGGCAAAGAAGCUGCGUAUAAUUGGUAUGAGCAGUGCUGUUGUGGGGCCGCGCCUCCUCCUCCAACCCCAUCACCACCUCCACUCUGCCCCGGAGAACGUCCCCCGUGUGGUCAACCUCCACUUCCACCACCUUGCUGUGGAUGUUGUCCCGUUGAUGUCAAUAUUCAAGUCUCGGUAAAAUCAGGUUGCAAUGGUGCUAGCUGUAAUUCAUUGUAAUCUGUAGUGUAAUACUGUACCACAUGCAUUUUAAUUAUCUCUACCUGAAGCAAUAAGAGAAAAAAAAGCAUCAAAUAAAAUCUAAGCAGCAUUAGUUCCUAAAGUCAGCUCUUUGCAAGAAAUCAAAUCGACUUGCAAUUAAUCCUAAAUUUGCUUGUUUCGCUAUUAUAUCAAAGAAAUGUAACGCACUGGUUGGAGCAGUCAUCGUUUGGUUUUGAUUCUAUUUUAUUUUUGGUAA